GUUAUAUGUACGGAAGUUAGUUCGUUGUUGCUAGCUGUAAUAUAACAGUAGGUAUUUAGUAUUUAAAGAAGAAUGAUGAUAAAUAAUUACGGAAUAAUUAAUAUGUAUACUGAAGAAUAUUAUACCAAACGUGAACAAUACUUUAUAUAUCCUAGAUAAAUAUUAUAUUAAACGUGAACAAUGCUUUAUAUUUCCAAACCCUUCGCAUUAUAAAAAGGACUUAAACGGGGCUGCAACCGACUGAAAAUGGCAGAAGGAGGCAUGGAUCGAGCCACAUCACAGACUGAAAGCGUUCCAGGACACAACCGCCUGUACAGUCGUCACUCUCAGAAUCAUGUCGAAAAUAUAUCCAUGGAAAUAUGUACUAUAAUGACCCGGCUGGGAUACGGCGAGGAGAUGAGAAGAUGGCGGGUUGAGAAAUACAGUGAGUUGAGUAGGCAGUCAGCAACACGAUCACCUCAUUUCAUUCAAUUGAUAGCAGGAAGCAAGGCAGAGGGACUUACCUGCAUUUUCGAAAGCGACUGGGACAUGUUUCACGUGGUGAAGGGUGUCCUCUGUGUGGAAGCUGUUAUCAACCUUAACAUUAUACCUGACGACUUAGACGUGUUUAGGAUGGAUACACGCGUAUAUCCAGGACACUGCAGACUGUUACAAGAGAGACGAGGGCAUACACGUUUUAUACAAAUUACUAAUUCCCUGUGUGAUAAUGGAUAUGGAGCCGGUCUACUUAGUAGUAGUUUAUUCCUAGACGAAUGUUCGGAAAAAUUUACAGAAUCACAUGUAGCGGAUCAUGAAAAAGCGGGGCCGUCGAUACCGGGGACAAUUAAGGGUGUAUGGCAUUUAGACAGAGUACCCGCACUACGCUGUCACUGCCCCAGUUUCUUACAACGAUGGGCUGCCAGAACCCGUCAUUGGCCGUCACCAGGUAUAGUUAAGGAAGUCGUAUCAUUCGGAGCCUACCUAACCCCAGUCGGGUUUAAGGGAAGUGAUUACAAGCACAUGGAAUGGAGGAUGUGCUUUAACCCUGGUGAGACAGUACUUGUAAACAAUCUUAAUAGCACACAAACGCAAGUGUAUGUUAUGCUUAAAAUGAUUCUCAAAGAUGUUCUUAAGCCUUGUAAGAAAGAAGUUACAUCAUACGUGAUUAAAAAUAUAGUACUUUGGCAAGCUGAGAAUAACCCACAGCAUAACUUUUAUAAACGCAGUUUUUUAUACUGGCUACAUGACGGACUGAGAGCCCUUAAGACUGCUAUUGCCACACAACAACUGUCAUACUACAUGAUUCCGGAAAGAAAUUUAAUGGCAGCAAGUGGUUUGCAGGAUAAGCAGCAAAGUAAAUGGGUAGCAGAUAUUACGGACAUGAUGGACGAAGGUCCGAGAGUUAUACUAAGAUUACAGAGGAUACGACAGGCCGUCAUCGCGUCCCCAGAGCCGAUGUUGUGGUUCAGCAAAAUAAGGAUGGAGCUUGAGAUACUGUGUCUGGAGGAAAUGACCAGACAGUGUAGCGACGAGCACAAUGCUAUUUUGCAGGAGAUAAAGAGACGUAAGGUGGAGAUAAUGAUGGAGGUGGCACAACGGAUGCGCAAAGACGGAUGUGCUGUUAAUGAUCUGAAUGACAUCCUCUACAGAAUUGUGAUGUAGUACUGCAUUAAAGUGUAAGAAGUUAAUGGAGCCGAAGGAACUAAUCAGAGACAUGUAAUACAAAGAUUGUUUUGUUGCCAAUUUUCAAGAAUUGAUUGUAUUUGCUUUUUUUAUAAGGUUUCACUUCUUUAUAUUGUACUUGCUAUUUUGUCAUUAUUAUCAUGAAUUUGCGAAUAUUGGCAGGUUUACGUAUAUGAUAAAAGUUUUACAUCAACAAACUCGGAUUAUGUGAAAAUCAUUAGCCGUACGCCACUUAACGAAACCAUGUCACUGUUUGACCUGCUAUGAAAACCCCCCAGACAAUUUGCUCUUAUAAAGCAAGUAAGUCUGGUCGCUCAAUGACGUAAUAAUUUCGAAAAAAAAAACACAACGAAAGGGGAUUCCCCAUGAUGUGAUGAUAUAACUAUAUUAAACUCGCGACGAAUACCUUGUAUACAAGUCAGCUUAUAAAGUAUUCUUAGUUUCAAAGGGGCAUAUCAACGAUUUAUACGAUAAUGCAUUUAUGCCUAUUAAUAUCUUUACUAAAAUAACAUAUUAUUUCCUCUAUAGGCUACAUGCUUCUUGAUAUAAUUGCUUAUUAUUGCCCGUAUUUAAAUGCAUACAAUUUAUAUGACUGAUGUAUCGUUAAUAUAUGUAACGUUGGAUCGGCAUUUGAAAAAUAUCGUUUUAGUUUUAGGCACUCGAAAUAAACAUUUUAAACUGUGAUUGUCAAACUAUUAUUCGAAAGCUUAGUUCCAAAGCAUGUUAUAUGUAUGUAUUGCAAGUUAAUUUAUCGAUUUCAUAUAAAGUCGUUUUAUUUUAAACUAUUUUCAAUUCAUGUUCAUUAUAAUUUCAUUCUCAUUGAUUGUGUAUACACAUGUUGAUCAAGUUGUGCUAAGCACUAAUGUAUAGUAAAUAUAUUGCUUAUAAUCAAACUUUUAGAAAGCGCAGAAAUUCAGUAAUACAAUCUUAAAUAAUGUUGUAUGCACGAAGAAUAACUCUUAUUCAAUGCACCCUUUCAAUAUAAUUUGAGUUGCGCAUACUGGCAGAAAAAAGGGUGUUUUUGUCUUAUUGAAGUCUCAAUCUUAAGUGCUAAGUGUUGUAUUUAAAACUUAAAUUUUAUAGAUAUACUGUACAAUAGUGCAGACACAGUCAAGCAACACAGUAAUCCAAAUGGUCAACAAUUGAAUACACACCUAGAACAAAUUAUCGGUGAAUCACGCAACGUCAUUCGUUGUAUGAUCAUUAAUGACUGACUUGGGCACGAGGUUUAAAUGAUGUUGAAUUCAGACAUGUUUGUAUUCAACUUGACUUGCUAUUAUAAUUUGUUUAUGUUAUAUGGACGUAAUUAUGAAUUGUAUCUUUGCGAAUUUAUUUAAUAUCAUGUGUUUUUGAGAUAAGACUUUUUAGAACUUAGCAGGAGAGAAAUUGUAGUAGUAUCGUAUUCAUAAAGUGACCAUUUGUGUAUGCAUUACAGGGCGAUACACACUUUAAAUAACAAUGAUUAAUGAUGGUUUUCCGCCUUGGAAAUGUCGAUGGCCUUUGAGGUUGAACCCGGUUGUAAGGUUAGUCCAAUAUGCACAUUCAUAUUAUUCAAUACGUUAAUAUGGCAUGCAUUGGAAUGCACACAGCAUGCCAUUAUUCGGUUAGAUGGUCAACGACAGCUGUAGGCUGUUAUAGAACUGGUUUGCGGAAUAUUGUUUAGCAAAAUAAGUGGUUAUUGCGUUAUGAAUUAUGUUUCAAACAAACACAGAACUAACAGUUUUACUUUAAAUGAAACUUUGAAACAUUUGCAUGACCUAGCGGUAUUUUACUCUCAAUGUAGCCAAAUGUAUAACUGAAUGCCUAUAUAUAUUAAUACAGCUUAUGUUUGAUAGGCGUGGUUAAAUUUAGUGUGAACACAUACGUGGGAUUAAUGUCCCUUUGAUAAGUCUGUAUAGAAUAAUUUCGAACUUGACUAAAAAUGUCGACAUAAGUGCAAUAAAGACACUUAUUUUAUUAUUAUUUGCGAUCAAUAAUGUAUGUCAUCAUUUAACAAUAUGUUUUUGUGUUGAUAGUUUGCUUCUUUUUUCAACAUUAAAACGUGUAUUGUGGUGAGAGUAAAAACAAAUUCGUGUAAAAAAUAAUGUGUGGAUAAAUUAAAUUUGCUACACUAAAAACAAAUUUAAAUAAGAAUUGUUGUCUUCAAGUUCUCUCAAAUAUUGAAACGUCAGGUCCUGCAGCCUGUUUAUUUAUUUAUUGUUUAUUCAAUAUAAGGCAACGUGAUACUAUGUAGCAGCAAUUAUGUUCAAACAUGUUACACACGAUUGCUCAUAUAUACUUUUUGACCUUGUGGUUACCUUUUGAUGUAAAAAGUUAAUGUGUAUUUGUUUUCUUUAGUUGUUUGUGAUAGGUGUUUUUAAAAAAAGACAAAAAAACAACAGAAUAGUUAUGAAUAAUGAUGAGUUGCAUAAAGUGGGUAGAAAGCAUACUGGACUUAUUCAUGAAAAGUAAAUGUUUUUCCAUUAUUGUUCAAAUAUAUUAAGUGUAUCCUUGUUUAGGGAAUAUCUGUUUCAAUUUGAAUCUUCAGUUUUAAAUAAUUAAUAAAAUAGUUCAUUGUUGAUACUUGUUUUCUGUAUUUCAUGCUGAAUAUAAAAUAUUUAAUUAAUAUGAUUAUGUAAUUCACACCGUUAUUAACAUAUUGUAUUUUGAAGGUAUUUACACUCAAACUGAUGCCUAAGAGAGAUAGUUUAACAUUUAAUUAUUGUUUCUCUAGAAGGUUUUCAAUUGAUUCCAAAGAUGUUGAAUAUGUUUACACUCUCAGAAAAUGUGUUAUAUUGGUUCAAUAUGUUCACUACACAUAUCACAUAGAUUUGUGUUGGAUAUGUUGCACUAAAUAAGAUAUUUAUUUGUAGUUAUAACUCUCUGGGUGUAUUUAUAUUGAAAAUUUCUCAGUAUGCUAUCAGUAAUUGAUGUAUAUGGCAUUUCCAAUUAAAGUAUUUAUCCCCAAGAAGGUUUUGACAUUUAGUUUGAGCUUUAGAUAUUUCGGUAGGAUGUUUCAUUUGAAGUGUUAAAAAUAUUUUGAUUGUUUUGUUUUGUAAUUAUGUUUUCUACGAAAGUUGUUUGAGUAUAUGGUGUGUUAUUUGUAUUGAUAACAGUUUUACUAUGUAUGGGUAUACUUUUGAUCAAUGUGUAGUACAUCAGGAAAUUACUUGUAUGUAUUCCGAAUAUGUAGCAUAAGUUAUCAAAAGUCGUGUAUUCUGUAGUCGUAUAAUUGCUCUGCAUAUGUUGUAUUUCGUUCGAACCAUUUGUAUAGAAAAACAUUUUAUUAUUAGUA